AUGGCCCUAUCGCACUUUUUCGUGAUCUCCAGCUGUGGAGACCGACUGCUGCUGCGGAACCUUCGAGGAGAAGGCGCCGAGGGUGAGUUCCGGAGCAUUACGCUUCACGUUGUUUCAGGGUCUGUAGACGAGUUCUACACCGCGGUCACGGAGCGAGGAGAAGACGCCCGGCCGGUGUUUAAGAUCUCCGACGUGCUGUACUACCAUGUCAAGCGCUAUGGGCUCUACUUCGUGGCGACGACGUCGUUUGCGGUGCCGCCGUCGUUCGUAUUCGAGCUAAUCAAUCGCAUAAUCGCAACCUUUAAGGACUUCUGUGGCGUCCUGAGCGAGGAGUCGCUGCGCCGCAACUUCGUCCUGGCGUACGAGGUGCUGGACGAGGUCCUAGACUUCGGCUACGUGCAGUGCACGAACACUUCGCAGCUGAAGCAGAAGGUCUACAAUGUGGCAGUCAUGCCGACCACGCACACGCGUCCAGCGGUUGGCAUGCGUUCUAGCGCUGUGGCGCCCCCGAUGACGCUGCCCAGCGCGGUCUCGCAGCGGCCGAUCGCAGGCGGGUCAAUGCGUGGCAGCGAGAUAUUCGUCGAUGUCUUGGAGAAGCUGUCGGCGAUUUUAGGUGCCGACGAGACUUACAGGAGCGUCACCGUUGAUGGCCAGAUCCAAAUCAAGAGCUUCUUGCGUGGGUCGCCUCAGGUGAAGCUGGCGCUCAACGAGGGCAUCGUUAUCAACAAUCGGCGUGGGAAGGUGCCCAACGUGCCGGUGUUGGACUUCUGCAACGUUCACCAAAGUGUGGAUACGUCGGAGUUCGAGAAGUCGCGCGUGCUCUCGUUCACGCCCAUGGAGGGCGAGUUCACGCUGAUGACCUACCGCAUAUCGGGAAGCGCAGUGCUGCCGUUUAAAGUUAAGGCGUCAAUAGAGUCGACCAAGGAAUCGCAUCAACCAGCACCUGGACGCCAGCGUCACGGUGAGGUGCCCGGUGCCGCGGGCAACCAAUACUGCGACGCUGAGCACAAUGCCAUCAGACGGAGGGACUACAGCGGAAUACAGAGCUAG